AUGUUUUGGGUGCUCGUUAUCCUGGCGGCGAUUCGGGGCGUGCUGUUUCUGGGCCAAUAUCAGUACGCCCGCUACGGUGCCAACCCGACCGCCAUUCAGAUGGACAAAAACUACCGCGACUGGAUCGGCAUUAUGCCGGGCUUAACGUUCUGUUUUCACGACCGGAUCGACUGGAAACGGGCACAGGAGUAUCUGGAGCGCAUUCGUCUUACCGCGCAGGAAACCACACGGGAGGGUUUAAACUCGAAUGAGACCGCCGGGACCCGCUACCUUGCCGAGUUCGUCCAAACGCUUGUCGGUGCAACUGCCACCGACUUGGGCAAUCUGUCGCGCUUUCUCAACGACAGCCGGCUGGCCAUCGACGUUAAUGUGCUGGAGCUAAUCAGUACGGUACACCCGAACCAUGAUAUAACCAUCAACAGCUUCCAGCCCGCUCACGGAACAUUGCUGCAGGUGCACCAAAUUGUCACUGAGCGGGGUAUCUGCUACGCGUUAAAUGCACCGCUCGCCUUUUUGCUGCACGUCAACGGGACGGGACAGCCACGGGCUUCCCGGAAGGAUGUUCCCGGGUGGAUUCCCAUAUCGUGCGAAUUUAGCAAACAUCACUGCUACAUGAAGCUGGACAUGUAUCGGUCAACGGUAUCGUACGCCAUACACUCACCGUACGAGGUGGCUACCAGCGAUCAGCUGUUCACCCACGUGGAGGAGACGGAUGAGCAGGUUGCCGUGUACAGUGUGCUUGAGACGGUUGCCAACGAGCGUCUCAAGGAUCUGACGGUGCGACAGCGUAAUUGUUUCUUUUACGAUGAAGUCUACGAACAGCUGCCGCUUUACAGCCGCAACCUGUGCAUCAUGAGCUGCCGGGCGAAGCGUGCACUGGCAGCAUGUCGGUGCCGGCCGCACUUUUAUCCGUUCGCCGAGGGACCAACGUGCAACGUACAGGGAUUGCAUUGCCUGCAGCAGCAUCCGGAUUGGUACAGCGAUGUGAACUGCAAAUGUUUAAAAUCCUGCACCGACGUCGGCUAUUACCUAGCUUCACUUAGCAAAACGCAAUGGACGGCUGAAGGAGGCAUACCGUUCACGCACAAAGCGUCCUUACGGUGGGAAAUUCUGCAACCCAAGACGAGACUCCGGAGAGUACUUAUUUUCAGCUACGAAGAUUUGCUCGUAUCGUUCGGUGGAGCCGUUGCAUUGUUUUUGGGAAAGAAUGGAUAUUACAUCUCGAAAAUUGUGGAAUUUUUAGUAAUUCAUUUCAGUGGUUGGGUUCGACGCAAAUGUUGCAUGCGUAACGCGUCAACGAAAAAGCAUGCAAAGCCUCAGCUAGUUUUGUCCAAGUAG